AUGACAGCAAUAUUAGGUGGUGGUAUAUCCGGUUUAUCAGCUGCAUAUUAUGCUCUUGAAAAUCCAAAAUUGACCCCACUGGUUAUAUUAGAAGCUUCAAAUCGUAUAGGUGGUUGGAUACGUUCUAUAAAACAACCUGAUGGAACAAUCUUUGAAACAGGUCCAAGGGUUAUUAGAGCUAACUCACAUGAUUUAUUGAACUUAGUAGAAGAAUUGAAGUUAUCAUCUAAAGUUAUUCCUAUCAAAAUAAAUCAUCCUGCUGCUAAAAAUCGAUAUAUUUAUACUGAUAAUGUAUUACAUUGUUUACCUAAUUCUCUAAAAGGAAUUGUAACAAAAAAUACACUAUUAAAUCGUUCUUUAAGCAGUCUUUUGUGGAAUGAUUUCAAAGCAACAAAAGUUCAUAAAGAUGAUGAAAGCAUAUAUAGUUUUGUACAAAGAAGAUUUGGCAAAGAUGUUUCUGAAAAGAUGGUUGCACCAAUAUUAUGUGGAAUUUGUGGUGGUGAUAUACAUCAAUUAAGUGCAAAAUCUUUCAUGACGAAUAUAUUUGAAACUGAACAAAAAUAUGGCUCUGUAUUUAUGGGCCUCGUACAAAAAAAAUUUUCAGAAAUAUUAAAUAUAAAAAAAGAGAAAGAAAAUAAAUUAAGAAACACCAAUGAAACUCAGAAAAUAGCAAAAUCAAAUAAUACAUCGUUGCAUUUAGUAGAAAGAGCUAGAAUAGAAAAAUGGAGUGUAUGGGGACUUGAAGGUGGUUUUGAAAAAUUACCUCAAACACUAGCCGAAAAUAUUACAAAGCGUGGAGUGAAUAUAAAAAUGAAACAUAAUUGUGAACAAAUUAUAUUUAAUAAAAAUUAUGUAGAAUUAAUUGUAAAUGGAAAUGUUGAAAAAUAUUCUCACAUUAUAUCAAGUUUACCUGCUAAAAAUUUAGCUAAUUUAAUACAAAAACAACAUCCAGAACUAUCUAGAGAAUUGUAUAAUAUACCUACAGUAACAAUAGCUGUAGUCAAUCUUCAGUUUUCUGAAAAUGUUUUACCAAUAGAUGCUUUUGGAGUUCUUAUUCCACCAAAAGAAGAAAUUCCAAUUUUAGGCAUAAUAUUUGAUUCAUGUGCUCUUCCUCAAAAUUCCAAAAUGACAGUACUGACAGUAAUGAUGGGUGGUGCAUGGUUUGAAAAAUACUUUGAUAAAUGUUCAUCCGAAGAACAUUUAAAAAUGAUAGCAGUUAAAUAUACAAAUCAACUUUUAUCCAUUAAUGAAUAUCCCAAGACAUAUAAUGUUUCCAUUCUGAAAGACUGUAUUCCACAAUAUAUAAUAGGUCAUGCAGAACGUUUAACUCGCAUCCACGAUUAUAUCUCUGCGCAUAAAAUACCUUUAGCAUUGUGUGGCUCUUCAUAUCACGGUGUGGGAGUCUCUCAUGUUAUUCUGUCAGCAAAAGAAGCUGUUUCUAGUAUCAAUCAAAGUAUGACAUAACUAUGAAAUUUAAUCAAUUUAUUUUUUCUUAUUUAAAGACGAAAUAAUAUACAUGCAAAUACAUAAGCCAAAAUCGUUUUUUUUAAUUAACUGCAAUUUAAUUUGAAUUAAAACAUGCAUUGUUCAUGCUGCAUAAUUAAAAAUAAACAGAGCAAUUUAUAGAAUAAAUUAAAAAUAAUAAAAAAAACAUUAUAAUACACGAAUUGAGUGAUAGCUCAAAAUUGAUUGCUUGUGAUAGCAAAAAAUAAACAUAAAUGUUAGUAAUAAUAUACAUGAAAAUAUAUAAAAAAGUAUACAUAAAAAUAAUUAUUUCAAACCAGCAUUUAAUGGAGCUGUGAAAAAAUUUUUUGCUAUUAAAAUAAAAUAUGUGUAUAUAUGUAUUUUUAUUGUAUUAUUAUGUAUUAUUAUGAAAUUAUGAAUAAAACUAUUAUAAAUAAAAUAAAAUAUAAAAUGUUUAAUAAAGAUAUAAAUUUUUGUUUUAUAUACUAUUUUACAAAUACAACAUUAUUAAUACUACAAAAUAAAAUGAAAUAGCAUUCACAAAAUAAUUAGCAUAUUUUAUAAUAAAACUAAAGUAUUCUAGGAACUCAAAAAUAUGUGUUUAUACUACAUACUUUAUACUAUAUGUUUAUAAUAUUAUAUAUGUUUAUAAUAUUAUAUAAAAAUAUGUUAUAAAAAAAGAUUUAAGCAAUUUUAAAUAUAUCAUAAUCUUUUAAUUAUGUAGAUAAGCAAGCAUGA